AUUAAUAAAUUUGCCUUUCUCUUGUUGCCUUCUGUUCUUUCUUUGCAUGUUUGUUAUCGAUGCCCUGCCACACCACAUCACGGCCAUCGCCACAGGUUCCGCCCUGAUGAACAUCGUCGGAGUCUACAAAGAAAUCCAGGACCAGCACAUGAACAUUCUGAAAGCCUUCUACGUGGACUUGCUGGUGCCGCUGGAGACCAACCUCGAGAAGGACACCAAGGUGGUCCAGUUCGAGCAGAAGAAAUUUCUCCAACAGCAUAAGCUCCGAUCGGACAGUUACAGCAAGGCGGCGACAACUAUGAAGAAAUACCGAAAGAAGAACUCCAAGAGCUCGCCGAAGGACGCCGAGAAGGAGAUCAAGAGUAUCCAGAACUUUGAGGAGGAGAAACACAAACUGGAUCAAUUCUGUGAGCACAGCUUGAAGAACGCCAUGACCCAGGAACGUCGACGAUACGGAUUCGUGCUGGAACGGCAAUGCUCGCUGGCGAAACACUGGAUGGCCUAUCAUCACUCGGGACACAUGAUCAUUGAGAAGUCGUUGGAUAACUGGAACGAAGUUGCCGCUACCCGUGAAUUCUUGCCGCCAAAUGUUGAAAACAUGUUUACGACGAAGCAGUUGAAGGACAUUGACGACGAUGACGAUGAUGCGCAGUCGAUCGCUUCUCAGCUGAGGAAGACCCGGUCGAUCGAUGCUUCUUGUUUGGAUAUGCGAUCGCUGGGAGAUGUGGUGAACAGUUCGAUGAUGCAUAUGCCACGUGCCAAGUCGGAGUUUAAUUUGAACAAUAGCAGCAACACAAGUACUUUGGUAGGGGGUAUGAGCGGAGGUCCAAGACAUUCGAUCAACGUUACGGCCAUGUCGUCUGGGGAUGGAAACCAGUGGGAACGACCGACCGUUAAGGCUCUGUAUGCGUAUUUGUCAUCUGGAGAGAAUCAGCUGAGCUUCUUGGAGGGUGAUAAAAUCGCUCUGGUUGGAGAUCGGGCCAAGGGGUGGCAGUUCGGGGAGAAUUUGCGGACGCAGAAGUUCGGGUGGUUCCCGAUAGCGUACACAGAGAAUGAACGCGAAGAGAAGGAGAGUAUCAGCGAAUGGGUCAAGGCUCCGCCCAGCGAAAUCGAGGUUGAGAACACUCCGGAUUCGUCGCUGGAGAGUACCUUGGUCGAUGACUCCAUGCCGACGCCGUCGAAGCCGAACAACUCGAACUCGUACCACGACGAGGCAUCGCCAACGCGGAUGUUCGGCGAUACCAUCCAGUACCGGCAGUCGAAGCAAUUCCGUCGGCUGUCCCGUGGCGAGAAGCCACCCAAGCCGGGACCGCCACCGCAGCUUCCGGCACCCGUUCCGACACCGGUAGUGCCUAACUAUAGCAAACCCCAGGGGGUUCCGCAGUCGAACAGUUUCUCCUCCUCGGGGGGACCGCCGAUGGUCGAGAAGCGCAAGACUCCGUCGGCCACGAUGAAUUUUAAUAAACCGCAAUCGGCCAACAAGCCGAAGGUUUCCCGGAAUGGAAUUGCCAGUGCCUCGCUGCAUAGCAGCAACGAUAGUGGAUUCUCCAACGAGCUGCAGCAGCAGCAGGAGCCGGAGCUGUACUCGGACGAUGAAACGGUGCACCGUGUUCCGAUCAGAUCAUCCCGUUCGGAGAAGAACCUCUCAUCACCCCGAUCUACCGACCGGGAACUCAGCGAGCAUCGUUCCCCCCAUCCACGCUACGGCAACGGUGGUGGCCCGGACGAUGACGACGAUGACAUCUACGGGACGAUCGUACCCCCUCGUCGACAGCACCAGAAGAUGCGACAGGCCAACAGCUUCGGCAAUAUUGCCGAGAGCAACUCCGGCACGCUGGAGUACGGGUACCGCUCGCGCACCCGCAUGUCCGAAGGCAACGCCAACCAGAGCGACUCGCAGAAGAUCAAGCGUACCAAGUCGUUCUGGAAGUUCUCCAAGUCGCAGGACCACAUCAUGGAGGGUAUGGCCAUGUGGAAGCACAACGACGUGAUCCCGACCAGCCGGGAGAAACGCGAGAUGGAGAAGAAGGAGGCCACGCUGAAGAGGAACAUGCGCAAGAAGGAACAGAUGGAGAAGCAAAAGCAACGGGAGAUGAUCAUGGCGAAGGAAGCCGAGGAAGCCCGCAA